GGGCGGAGGGGCCGCCCCGCCUCUUAGUCGGCGGCAGCUGCUGCUGCGGGGCCGCCGCCGUGGGCAGCCGCCAUGCCGCGCUCGCUGAAGGAGGAGACGGCGCUGCUGCUGGAGGAUUACUUCCAGCACCGCGGCGGCGGCGCCGCGCUGCCCCCCAGCCCCACGGCGGCCGCGCUGCGGCGGGCGGCGGCCGAGCUGGAGCGGCAGGAGCGGCCCUUCUUCCGCUCCUGCGCGCCGCUGGCGCGGGCCGAGCCGCGGGAGGCGGCCGCGCUGCUCGGGAGGGUGGCGGCGCAGCUGGAGGCCGACGGCGGCCUCAACUGGGGCCGGCUGCUGGCGCUCGUGGUGUUCGCCGGCACGCUGGCGGCCGCGCUGGCCGAGCGGGGCUGCGGCGACGGGCCGCGCUGCCUGGCCGCCCACCUGGCCGCUUACCUGGCCGAGGAGCGCGGCGAGUGGCUGGAGGCGCACGGCGGAUGGGAUGGCUUCUGUCGCUUCUUCGGCAGGCAGGGCUCCGAGGCGGCCGAGCAGAGCAGCACCAUCGGCAACGCCAUCAUGGCGGCGGCGGCGGGCAUCGGCAUGGCAGGACUGGCUUUCCUCUUGGUGCGGUAGGCCCACGGACGGACCUUCCGUGGGAAAGCACUCUCAAAACUGACAGUUUACCAGAUUUCACUUUAUUUUCUAUAGAACAGACCCUCUAAGAAGAAGUCUAUAUUUUUAAACUGGCUCAGAAAACUGCCUCACCAAAUCCUUGGCUAUAAACUGCUUCACUCGCUACCCAGUAACAGCACAAACUAAAGAGCACUAUUUGUGCAUGUUCAAAACCUGUUGUCUCCAAACAUCCUCUGGACUUUCUAUUUUGAAGGUGUAACCUAAACUUUAGCAUGGUUCAUGUACUGUAACUUCUGAGUGCUUGGUGUUGUGCUAGGAAAACAUUAUGGUGGGCUUGCUACUAAACCCUCUGUUCAAGACGUCUUAUUUGCGUGGAGACAAGUCUCGGAACCCGCGUUCAUUAAUGCUGUAAAGUGGGCGAACAUUGACUGUGAUCUGACGUAGUUUAUGGCUUCAAACAUGGUGCACAGCACUUGCAAUCAAGGCAACUCAUUUGUUGAUUUAGAGCAAUUGGUGCCUCUGAUGCAAGAAGCAUUAGGGCUUAAUGUAACAUAAGGCUGAAUUCAUUACACUACAAGAAGGUGAGUAUUGAUACAGGACAGUAAUGGCUGCAAUACUGGUUCCUACUGAAAGGAAAAGAAUUUAAAUAUUAAACCUUAAUUGGUAUAUUGAAAUCCAGUGAAGGCUGGAAUUUCUCUGGAUUUCCCUUACAAAGUGAGAAUUUCCAUAUAUCUUAAUAUAUUUUUGAAGUAUUUAUCACUGUAUAAUACUUGUAGCCAUGACAUCUUUAUUUUUGUUUAAUGCUGGUUCUUGUCACUCUAGUGUGUAUCAAGCAUUGUCUUGUUUGAGUAAUAUUUCACUCUGUUUUCAAAAUGCUGUGUAUUUCUUUCAAUGGUUGUACAAAUUGCCUUAUGUUUCUGGUAGCUUUUUAAUAAUGUUCCUGGGUUAUUCACAAUGUGUACAAUUUUACUAUGGUGACUUCAAAGGUGAAUAAAUGUUAAGUAUUUUUAUUUUAAAAAAA